CUCAGUUUCGUCCUCUAUAUUAGCAUAAGAGACACAUGUAGUAUCGCGUAGCGCAUGCCAUUUCACACUAUUUUGAGAAUUUUAGUUUUUUUUUUUUGUAAGGUAGUUUGCCUACCAGCUCCCGUCUACCCGUACUUCAUUCGCUUUUUAGUGCCCCGCCGUUUCACAUCGCUCUCCCGUAUUAAAGUGAUAAAAUAUCAGUGAUUAACGUUUUAAAAGAUGCCUAAACGUAAACGUGAAAAGGAUAAAGAUAGUUACGAUUAUCUUUUAAAGAAAAUCAAACGGCUCGAGAAGAAAUUACGAUCACUAGAUCGUGACAAACAUCGUGACUCAUCGAACUCGCAGGAUGAAUCAGGUAUGUUAUUAUACUACACCGUGGACAUAAGUGCUGACCCUUUAGAAGCAUGGGCGAUUCCUGAGGAUGAUGCCUAUCAUGCGUCCCCGGCAAAGCAAUACUCGGGGUCGGACCAGACAGAUUCAGGUUCCGUAGCCAAUGAAGUUUCUCCGCCUGCGGCCGCCAUGUCGAAACAUGCCGCCGUCGUGCCUCCAGUAGACCCGCAGCCGACUCCCGCCGCGCCAGCUAAUCCUGCUGCAUCAGCUGCUCCUGCCGCGCCGAUCCUAUAUAUAUUAGAUUCUCCAGCUACCCCCGCCGUCGAGAAUAUUGACCAGCCGUUACCUGAAACAGAAGAAGAGUUAGAUGCUGAUUUGAUGGAAAUACUGGGUUCUGAUCCCAAUGCUGUAAAACAAUAUGGAAGAGACAUACAAAAGGACCUGUCGAUUAGAUUAAAACAUUGCGCAACAAACGGAUUAACGAAGGAGUUGCGCAAUAAAUUCAAAGAUAGCAAGGCCGCAGUAUCGGAUGUGGUAAUUAAACGCGACAAAGAUUGUCAACAUGCUGAUACCAUUACCAGACGAAAUUUUUUAUUGAACGCCAUGAAGAAGGAAAUGAAGGAUCAACUUCAAAAUACAAAAAUUGACAAGUUUUUAUUCAGCGAAAACUUGGCCGACACUUUGAAAUCGGCUAAAGCCAUUACUAAAUCUGGUGCAGACCUUAAGAUUCCAGCGCCUAAACCUCAGGCUAAAAAGCCUAAUAUACCCCAUACAAAUAAAAAUUUCAACUGGAAGCCGGGUCCAGCUCGCAGGCAGCCGGGACCGUCACGAGCGAAGGAGCCUGCGCCCUCGACACGUCAUCGGCCCAUGCACACCUCGAGGCCAUCGCAGCAUCAGCGCUACUACAGGACGAGCCACAGACAUCGUUAA